AGUGACGUCGCGAGUGUUCGGGGUCCAACGUGCUUCACUUAGGGCGCUUUUCUAGUUGGGAAGUUCUGAAGUGGUUUACCUCGCGAGUAGCAGAGCAGUGUCGGUACUGUCGGCAGGAUGGUAAAGCCCAAGUACAAAGGACGGAGCACCAUCAACCGCUCGGCGGCCAGCACCAACCCAGAUCGAGUACAGGGAGCUGGAGGUCAAAAUAUGAGGGACCGGGGCACAAUUCGGCGCCUGAAUAUGUACAGGCAAAAAGAACGCAGGAACAGUCGUGGUAAAGUGAUUAAGCCACUGCAGUAUCAGUCAACUGUGGCUUCUGGCACAGUGGCACGGGUGGAGCCGAAUAUUAAAUGGUUUGGAAAUACUCGUGUGAUCAAGCAGGCAUCAUUACAAAAAUUUCAAGAGGAAAUGGAGAAAGUUAUGAAGGAUCCAUACAAAGUUGUCAUGAAACAAAGCAAAUUACCAAUGUCUCUUCUGCAUGAUCGAGUCCAGCCUCAUAAUGCAAAGGUCCACAUUCUUGAUACUGAAAGUUUUGAAAGUACAUUUGGCCCAAAGUCACAGAGAAAGCGGCCAAACUUGUUUGCAAGUGAUAUGCAGUCCCUUCUAGAAAACGCUGAAAUGUCUACUGAGAGCUAUGACCAGGGCAAGGACCGUGAUUUGGUGAUGGAGGACACUGGCGUGAGAAAUGAAGCUCAAGAAGAGAUAUAUAAAAAGGGGCAGUCGAAAAGAAUAUGGGGAGAACUCUACAAGGUGAUAGACUCAUCAGAUGUUGUAGUUCAAGUUCUUGAUGCUAGAGAUCCAAUGGGCACACGUUCCCCUCACAUUGAAGCUUACUUGAAAAAGGAAAAACCCUGGAAACACCUCAUCUUUGUGCUCAACAAGUGUGACCUUGUUCCAACUUGGGCAACAAAGCGAUGGGUUGCUGUGCUCUCCCAGGACUACCCAACAUUGGCUUUCCACGCGAGUCUCACUAAUCCCUUUGGGAAAGGAGCUUUCAUUCAGCUUCUGCGGCAGUUUGGGAAGUUGCACACAGACAAGAAACAAAUCAGUGUUGGGUUCAUUGGCUAUCCAAAUGUAGGCAAGAGCUCUGUGAUAAAUACGUUACGAUCCAAAAAAGUUUGCAACGUGGCCCCCAUUGCAGGAGAAACAAAGGUCUGGCAAUAUAUUACCUUGAUGCGCCGUAUAUUCCUGAUUGACUGCCCUGGUGUGGUUUACCCAUCUGAGGACUCAGAGACCGACAUUGUGCUCAAAGGAGUGGUUCAAGUUGAAAAAAUUAAAGCUCCUCAAGACCACAUUGGUGCUGUCCUUGAACGAGCAAAGCCAGAAUAUAUCAGCAAGACAUACAAGAUUGAGUCCUGGGAGAAUGCUGAGGAUUUUCUUGAGAAGCUAGCUCUCCGCACUGGGAAGUUACUGAAGGGUGGAGAGCCUGACUUGCUGACUGUGAGCAAGAUGGUUCUCAACGACUGGCAGAGAGGCCGGAUCCCUUUCUUUGUCAAGCCGCCCAACGCAGAGCUACCGACAGCUCCUCAGCUUCCACCCUCCUCACCAUUGGAAGUUCCCACAGAAACAACCCACAACAACCCAGAAGAAGAGACCACAGAAACAGAAGUUGAAAGGUCAGACCCUACCAUUGAAAAGGAGCCAGAAGCAGGCUGUUCCCAGGAUGGAAACUCAGAGAUGCAACAGAUCCUCGCACGGGUUCGCCAGAACUUUGGCAAAAUCAACGUGGGGCCUCAGUUUUCUGAGGACGACCUGGUACCUGUGGAGAUGUCAGACUUGGAAGAUCUGGAAAGCUCUGUGGAAGAGGAAGAUCAGGAGCAGGAGGAACAGCCAGGAGAGGAUGCUGAGGAAGAGUGUUCCCUAGACACUCAGGAAGAACCAGUAGAAAAUGACACCAAAGCUGUGAUCAGAGCCCUAGAUGAGAAGAUUGCCAAGUACCAGAAGUUUCUAAAUAAAGCCAAAGCUAAAAAGUUCUCUGCCGUUAGAAUUUCCAAGGACUUAAGUGAAAAGGUUUUUGCAAAAUAUGAAGAAGAGAAGAAAACAUCUGCAGAUGUCAGUGAUGCAGCACCCUCCAAAAAGGCAAGGAAAUGGAGUGCACAGAUGGAGGAAGAACCUUCAAAUAAGACUCAGAGGAUGCUGACGUGUAAGGAACGGAGAAGAGCAGCACGACAGCAACAAUCCAAAAAAGUCGGUGUGCGCUACUAUGAAACACACAACGUGAAAAACAGAAACAGGAACAAAAAGAAGACAAGUGACUCAGAGGGACAGAAACACAGACACAAGAAGUUCAGACAGAAGCAGUAACAGCUAGAAAGCUGUUUAUUAAAUUAUACAAAAAUAUGUCAUUAGGAACUGUGUUCAUUUUCUUGUGCCCAGUUUGCAUCUAUAAGGCACGGCACACUUGGAAAGCUUAGUGGUAAGGGCAUACCCCAAAUCUGUGGCCUCAGGAAGUCCUCAGCCCCAGAGUUUUUCAAACACUUGACCUGGCACUUGACCUGGCCCUUAGUUCCUCCAGUGUGUGACCCUCUUGUGUGUGUCUACAGACAUGCCUGUUUUUCUUACACUACUGAGCAGCACUGGGGCAGGAGUUCACAAAGCUGUAAAGCACAAGUGCUUCAGAGACAUUCAGGUGAGGCUUGGAGGCAGGAGGGGUGCUCCAGCAACGUCAGCUUGUUAGGUACAGAUGCUUUCCUGCACUGCUCACAAAGCCAGCACACCACAGGGACGGUGCUGAUCCAGGAACAUGACUUCACAGGCAGGUUAUGCUAGUGGAGACCUAAUUCCUCAGGAUACUGGGUGAGGUCCAAGAUGUGAUCCUAGUAUAAGGUCAGUGUUGGGAUAUAGUCAACUCAGGACAGCUCUUGGGGUUCCUUGCAGUAAGACUGGGAUGGAGGUCAGAGCUGUCAAGGAGUGAACCCCUUCUGGCCCCCCUUCAGGGCUACUGUGCACUUAAGGCAUUCCCACCAAUUGGAUGGAAAUGUUAGUGCCAGCUUAGAACAGUUCUGUCACUUGACUGAAUGAUGGGUGUCACCAAGCCAUUCUCUUCUCCCACCCUGGGCUUUCCCCCAAUGGAGAUUGGUCUGUAAUUAAAAUUUUCUGGUUCUACAAA